AUGACCAAUCCGACUGAUGACUUGACUGAUCAGGUCACUUUCACUCAUCGGGAGCUCAUACUCAGGGGAUCCAACACUUCAGUGUCUCAAGUGACCACAGAAGGUGACCCAAACCGACCAACAUACAUAGAUGUAAAACGCCGCUUUUACCUACAAGCAGCAAUGGCUUCCAGCGACGAAGAAAUGUUGGAGAUGUCGCCGGUCCAAUUUCGAAUGAUAGCUACUUGCACCUGCAAUGUAACUCCCUCCGCGGAAGAAUUGAAUGUAGCAGUUCAAAAUCGACUACCUCCUAGUGAUGUUGGAGCAAGAGUCAUGUUCACAAUUCUACAAGGUACCGAUUCUACUUCAAACUUUGAUGAAGAAACAAUGACAGAUAUUGAUAAAGCUAUUCAAAAUCCAAGCGCCAUCAUACCGAUACACAGUUUAUUUUAUUUUGAUGAAGAAACUGAAAAUCUGACACUUCCCGGGCUAUAUACUCUAAUCGGUUUUGAGAUGAAUCUUGAAAGUGUUGUGAGAACAAAUUGUAAUGCUGAAGGAGACACUGAUCAAGUAGAAAACACAUUUUCUAAACCAUACUUGGGUUUCAUGACUCGAGAUGAACUUCUUAGGAUGAAAAGAGAUUUUUUCAAAGUGCUUCACGAUGGAGUUUCAGAAGGUAUGAAUGAAGCUGAUGCUGCAGAUUGGUGUAUCUGUGAUGGAUCCGGUUUUGUAGUAGAUGGAGAAGGUAAGGGUGUUUCAGUUAACGUGACCUACCGAAGAAGGAGAGUGAUAAUUUUACGUACACAUCAAUCGAAUAAGAAUGAAAGACUACUUUCCCUGCAGAGGAAGAUUGGGUAUAGUAGCGGUCAUCAACCUCCACCAACAGAGCUGUAUAGGUGA